GAAAUUGGCCAGACCACCUUUCCACGUUCCUUGGAGGAAUUAGCAUCAUUUAUCAAUUCGAAGAACAUACGCACUCUGCUGAUGGUAACGGAAACCUUUUGGCGGUCGUGCCGACCUUUGGAAGGAGAAGAGCUUGAGGAGACGAAACGCCGCCCGACACAUUCUAGUAUUUACUCAUUGAUUGAUUCCACCAAGGAUCGGCAUCGGUAUUGCGCAUUACGCUUUGAGUGA